AUGGUGACCGCUGUAAAGGAACUAACAAUUGCCGCAAGCGCAGCAGCACCAAACAAUGCCAGUGUUGUUGCUGUCUACGACAGUGACAAUUUCGCAUCGAAGUUCAGAGCUAAAAUGCCUGGCUUGGUGCUUGUUAAUGAUGUGAACAAAUCGUUUGGUAACAUUCUCAAAGACAUAUUGGAUGCGUCCAGUGAGUGA